GCAGCCCUACUGUUAUUACAUGAGGGGGUACAGUGACGGCGAGGUUCUGAAGCCCGAAAUAUGUCCGCGUUUGCGUGCUUUCUGAGUUUAAUUGGGACUUUCUGGGAUUAUUAACACCACGAGAAGUUUCCAGGACGAUAAAAACCUGAAGAUGGAGUGGUUUAUGAACGGUGGUGCCAAGAAGUUACCUCCUUCUGAGGAGAACCGCUGCACGAGUGACAACCAAAGCCGACAUGACGAGGUCAGUGUGGACGAGAGCAUGGCGUCUCUGUGUGAGAGACAGCAGCGGUGUGUGAAGGCCUCCAUCGUGUCCAGUUGGCAGUUGGUGGAGGCUCAGGACCAGCUCUGUGGUCUGGAGCUGCACGGUUCUGAGUCAGUGGAACAGGCCCGGGCCCGAGCGCUCGCUUCCUCCGCUCAUCUCUCUCAGAUCGAGGAGGAGUGGAGGAGGAAGGAGAGCAUGCUGGACUCACGCUGGAGCCCCACACUCGGGCCGGACCAGGGGCAACGCGGCUUCAACAAAAGCAUCAUAAAUGAUCCCAAGCCCAGGGGGAUGGAGAUGGAUUAUGACAAGAGCUUAACGUUCGUCCAACGCCACGAGGAGGAACUGAAACAUUUUGGGAUGUUGAGGAGAUGGGAUGACAGUCAGCAUUUUCUAGCCCAGUCGCCCCACCUGAUCUGUGAGGAAACAGCAAACUACCUGAUCUUAUGGUGCUUUCGUCUCUAUGCUGAAAAGAAGGAAGCUCUGAUGGAGCAGGUCGCACACCAGGCUGUAGUCAUGCAGUUUAUUUUGGAGAUGGGCCGAAGUGUGCAGCAGGAUCCUCGCUUCUGCUUUAGACAGUUCUUCCACAAAGCCAAAGCGGGACAGGAGGGGUAUCUGGACGUCUUCCACACUGAGCUCGAGGCCUUUAAACACCGGGUGAGGGAGUACUCCACUACGCCCAGAGCAGACACGCCCAGAUCCCCGGAGCAGCAGCAGGGCGUACCGAGCACGUGCAGACUCAACCCUAAAGAAGUGCUGGAGUCUCUGCCUCCUGAACUGAAGGCGUGUAUCCAGUCACAGGACAUGCACAUCCUGCAGAACGUUCUCAGCACCAUGAACCCACAGGUGGCUGAGUAUCAUAUAAAGCGGUGUUUGGAGGCGGGGCUUUGUUCACAUUUUGGGCGGGGCUCUAAAGAUGAGGACACAGAAGAUCAGAGAAUGAUGGAGACGUCCUAACAAGCACACACACACACACACACAUGGCAUCUCUCACUCGAGUUCAGGACGAUGAGGUUGAAGUUUAAAUGAACAUCACGUGAAGAUCAGACGAGUGAAAAAGAGACCUUCAUGCUGUCAGAGGGGAGGAGGAACAGGGAGAAGAGGAGGGAGAAAAGGAGGAAGAUCAGACAAGUGAGCAUUGCCUUCAUCCUGGAGGAGGAGAUGGAGGAAAUGAUGAAUGGAAGAGGAAGAUGAGUAAGAAGAAAAGGAAAUGAAGAAGGAGAGGAAGAGAAAGAGGGGCAACGGCUGCCAUCAGAGACUUUGUUUGUUUGUUUGUUUUGGAUCACUUGUGAACGUGUGCUGCACUUUAUAUCUGAUUGCGAGUUGAGUGUAUAAAACAGAUAGGACGAGGUAUUUUUCUGCACGUGUUUGUUACGUUUCCGGGGCGAUGUGGAGACGGCACAGAGACACUGAUUGAUGGACAGAUUGAUAGCUUUUUUUUUUUUUUUUAAAGAAAGGUCAGCUUUUUUCAGACAUGAAAAACGUCUUUAACGUGAAAUUUCCACAAUCUUUCCAAAUAAUUUCCCCUUUAUUUAUACUUUUAACAUAAAAUGCAUCACUGACGUUUACUCGCGCACAUUUAAUAUUUCAAAACAUUAAUUUUGACUUAUUCUUUCUUCAUUUUUUUUUUUCUCCUAAAAUUAUUAAAUAUUAAACGCCUGAUAGAAAGAAUUCCCACUGCUCCCACCCCACCAUGAAAAACCGUCUAGUGCAUUUUAUAUCCAAAGGCAGGAAAAGGAAAUCAGUGGGUUCAGCUUUUUUUUUCUCGUUUAAUUGAGUUUUCUCUGUAUAAGUUGUGAUGGAGGAAAGAGUUAAUGGUGAUUAUUUCCCACGCAGUGCAUUUUAUGUAUUUAAUAGAUUUAUUUUUCCUUUUUCAAAUCUAAAAUGCAUUACAGGGCAAAUAAACCUCAUUAAUAAUUUUA